AUGUUCCAGUCGGUGGCCUUUCUUACGAUCGUGUCUGCAGUGGGCGUCUUCUGUCAGGCCCCGGACCGGUCUUCGUCCAGUCCCGGAUCCAACACCAAUCCCUGGAACCGCUUCUACAGCUUCGACCCGCAAAAUGGGUUUCAGGGAGGGGGAAUCGGGUUGAGGACGGGAUUGUCCGACGAUCGACCCGAAUCCUGGGGAUCGAUCUACUCUUACGAUCCCCAGAACGGACUCAGAGGGGCUGCAGGAAGCACUCAGGGUGGAGGGAUCGUUUUCGACAACGACGAAGUCGCGACGACGGGAAUCGGCCUGAGGAGCGGAUUCCCGACGGGUUCUCAGUCGCCCCAGACGUGGGGGUUCGGAUACAACUACGACCCGGCGAACGGAUUCCGAGGGUUCGGCCUGAGCAGCGCGGCAGAGCAGGAUCGGCCCUCGGGAGGUUCCAGGGGUCAAGGGGGAAGUCCCUCGUCGUCUCCCGAACUCCCGAAUCCCAGUGCUCGUCGGAAUGCCACGGAUGGUGGGAGUGAACCAGCAGUCGCGGCUGCUUCGAGCGGUCGAGUUACCUCCGAUUGAUGUCUUCUAUUCGCAUCCUUUCCGUUGUCUCUUUCCCUAUCCAGUCUCCAGUCCCAUGCGAUCACACUCCAGUAUCAAUUUUGUCGGUUAAUCACUAUUUGUCAGUAAAGUCUUCGUUUGCCUAGA